UAACAAAAAAAGUGCGCGUAUAAGAACUUGUGAUCUUGUUUAUGUGACUUUAACAGUGACUGUUGUGAUGCAACAUGUUUUUUCCUCAUAUUCCAUUCUUCCUCCACGGUAAUGCUUCUCAUAUAAAGCACUUGUGCAGGCAGACGGGGCUGUGGCUGUGAUGCGUCUGCUGCAGUAGUCGCAGGCUGCCUGCUGAGGGUCUGAGGCGGUCUGAGAGAGUCUGGAGUCAAAUUCCUGAACACGUAGGAGCUGCGAGCUGCUCACGUUGCUCAGGCGCGACGCACGACGCAAGGGGCGCAGCGGAUAACGGACCGCUGAUCGAGCGAUCGAUGACACACACUUAACCCGGCCAUCACUUCUGCCGUCGCGGCACACCAGCCGAGGUUUGUUUAUCUCUUCCAUUUUCUUCCCCGCCGGCAGCAUGACAUGAAGAUCUCUGCCCUCCGCACCGCCUCUUCACGCGCAGCUGGAGCCACUUGUUUGCCGCAGAGGAGAAACGUGAAAAGCUCCGGAGCACAUCAGGCGUCAAGACUUGCGUCGGGAAAUGUUUAUUCUGGACAAAGGUGCGAGUGUAAAAAAGCCGGUUUCUCACGUUAGUCCGAGGCGAGGGGAGAAAAUAACAGCCCGGGCUCACUUUUCCACAACGGAAAUGAGAUCAGCCCCGCUGCCUGGCUCCACUUCUGCUGGGAACAUGGUCGAUGUGAGUCCACGCAGAGCCGGAAUCUGACUCUGUUCAGACGUGUGGGCCACGAACAGCUUGUUGUCGGUGGGAAGAUGUUCGCUGGGCUGAUGGGGCUCGGAUGCCACAACAACUCUCUGCUCCACCACUGCGAAGUCAUGGAAGGUGGCAGAGCAUCAGGGACAGCUGGCAGCUCCGGUCGUAAGAGGCUCCACCGAAGACCAGGGUACAUGAGAGGAGAGCAGUCCAGACUACAGAACACUGCCCAUGGGCAAGAGGAGGAGGAGGAGGAGGAGGAGGAGGAGGAGGAGGAAGAAGGGAGGACCACUUGCGUUAGGAACGGAAAAUCUGGACGUCACACUGACACCACUGAGGCGACCAGCGCUCAGAGGAUGAGUGUAACGCCUGCUGUCAAAGGGUCCUUAAUGAAUCAGCGACAGCCCGAUAAACUCACAUGUAGCUCCUGGAAGAGUAAGAGUCUCCUCUGCUCUCUCACCCGUCCUCUGUCCCCUGUGGACUGCAGUGCCGUCAAUGGCACGUCCAGCCCUCAGAGUCCGUCCUGUCUGCCACAGAAUGAACUCAGCUUGAGCCCGAACCCAGCCCAGGUUCAGUCCUCACCGCAGGACUCCUUCAACUCCAGCUUCAGUUUCAUCCAAAAGUCCCUCAACUCCACUGCCACACCGUCCAGAGAGCCAGAACCACUAAGACAGUCGACUAAAGCACCUAAUUCACCCCAAACAAAACCAGCGACCCUGUCCUUUGAGCACAGCGUCUCAAAGCAGCCAGCUCCUGUCCAACCACUGCCCUCCGCCGCCGCCCCAGGAAGCCAUGCAGACAGAGAGGAGCGGGCGUCAGACGGAAGGUUUUGGCGGGAAUGUCUGUGGGGUGACGGGGAGGUUCCGUCCAAUCUGCCCGACUGCGACUCCGUGGACAUAGAGAUCACCUCCUCGCUGUCUGUGGACUCGGACACCGCCUCCGCCUCGUCCGUCACCUCCGGCUACGACAGCGCCACGCCCGCCUCCGACCAGGGAUGGGACAACCUGGUGAAGAAGUACGAGGGCGUGCUGCAGGACUGCCUCCAGAACAACCGCACUCACACUAAGAUCGAGUCCAUGAUGUUGAAGCUGCAGAGACUCCAGCAGAAAGCCAUUUUGGAUGACGACUAUGAUGCAGCGGAGCGUUUUGGUAAGAAGCUGGAGGAGCUGUGCAGGGAGCGAGGCGCUCUGAAGCUGGGUUUACCCUCCCGACAGCCCAGCGUGGCUCUGUUCCUGGAGCGGCUCACACAGGUGGUGCACAGCGCCCUCCAGAGGGCCGACUGUGGCCAGUGCAGGGACGGGGUGGAGACGGAUGCGGCGGAGAGGUGCGACUCACUGCGGGGCCCACUGCAUCGAAGAGAUCGCCUGAUCCAAGAGAAGCGGCUGGUGGAGGAGGAGAUAGCUGAGCUGCAGCAGAGGCUGACGGAGCUGAAGGACCGCAGUCGGCGCCUGGAGCAGCAGAUCCAGCAGGAGGAGCAGCAGGUGGAGGCCGAGGAGCUGGAGGGCUCCAUGCUGAAGAGCUGCACCGUGGCCCAGCUCCGCGACAUGAGCCGAGCCCUGCAGGACCUGGUCACCUCCGAGAACCGCAGGCAGAUCUCCGUCUCCCCUCCACCCUCCACGCUCAGACUUCAGGAGCAGGAGCAGGCACUGAACCUGUCCAUCAAGGAGGCUACCGCUAAAGUGGUCAUGAGUCAGAGGCUGGGCAGCAGCCUGAGGAGGAAAGUCAGCGAGACUGAAACUCAGCUUUUGGCACUGCAUGAAGCCAAGCUGGCAGCCAUUUCAGGUAAUGACUUCGGCAGUGCCAAGGAGCUGAAGGCCGAGAUGAAGGCGGUGUACCUGGAGCGGGACCGGCUGGAGGCUCUGGCCAAGAGGCUGCACAGCCUCAGCUCGGGGAGCAGCCAGGAGCUGGCCAGGAUGAAGGAGCAGCGGCAGCAGCUCAGGCAGGAGCUGGAGCACAUGGAGGUGCAGCAUGAGAGCCGUCUGAAGGAGAACACCACCAAGUACAUCAGGCUGUUGGAGGACAGACUGCACAGCUGUGGCUGUCCAGGCCUGGAGCGUAUCUGGGAAGCCGACCUGGAAGCGUGUCACCUGUUCUUGCGGGGCCUCCAGCUGCGGACUCCCAGCUGCAGCGGAGCAGACAUGGAAGACCUCCCCACUGCAGCAGUUUACGUUCCAACGCUGCCGUGCACCAAAGAAGAAGAAGACUGCGCCAUGCUGACUGCGUUGGGAGGGCGCUGGUGUCCUGAGGCCAACUUACAGAACUCAGAGUUCACCAAGAAACUGGAGGAGUUUUUGUUCUGCAUGGAGGAUAACCACCCAGAGGAUGGGUGCGGGGCGGAGGCUGCAGACCUGACGGAGCGCUGCGAGCAGAUCAGUGACAGACUAAUGACCUUGGAAGAUGAAUUGCAGACAGCCAUACUGAACAGGGAUCAGGCCCUCACCCAGUCGUUGGAGAGGGAGGUUCAGGAAGUGAAAGCCACUUUACAGAGCAUGCUCGCACAGCUCAAAGAAGAAGAAGAGGAGGAAGAGGAAGCGGGCGAGUUACAAGAUGAUGACCUCAUGAAAAAUGGGACAGAGGAAGAAGAAGAAGAAGAGGAGGAGGAAGAAGAGGAAGACGAGGACCAGUACUUCAGUGACAGCUGGGGCAUUUGAAAUGGAUGCCUGUCGUGUUUUAUGACCACUCGCGCACAGACCGGCUCUCUCUGAGCCUGACCUCAGCUUUGCAGGAGAAGUGACCCCAUAUCCAUUUACUGUAACGCCUCACUCCGAGGGCUUUAUGACCAGCCUCUGUGGUACUGCAGAAAGUUUCCAGUACAAAGCCUCAGCAAGUCUGUGUAACAUUUUCUCUGACUACAAAUAGAACUUUGGUAUAAAUGCAGAAUGAAGUCACUUUGAUGCAAAUUUUGGAAGUUCCUCAAAUCUUGCCAGCACAAGUUUAACCAGGGGAAGAGUGCCUUAGGCCACUGAGCCCACAUAGUGACUAUUUUUUCAACAAGUUUUCAUGUCAUGUCUUACAAGCUCUAAGCAAUGAGAUGAUUUUCCUUCAGUUUGCGUUGUUAAGACAUCACAUUUUGAAGUCUCAGGAGUUGGAAAUGGUCAGCUUUAAAGCGAGACUGUCUAACGUUUACUGAACACAAGCAACUGGUCGCAAAAAGUGAAACUUAAAAGGUCCAGUGUAUAGGAUUUAGAGCAGUAAUGGAAUAUAAUAUGUAUUAUUCUGUUUUUAUUAGAAUAUAACUACCUAAAAAUAAUAAUCGCUGUGUUUUUGUUACCUUAGAAUGAGCCUUUUAUAUCUCCAGAGGGAGCGGGGUCCACCAUUUCCACAGUAACCCAGAGCGGAAGAACAAAACACACAUUUAGAGAGGGCCUUUUAUGUUUUGUUUUUUUGCGUUUUAGUGGCUACCUUGGUGAGAUGAGAGCUGUUCAGCUGGUCGCAAUUUGAACCCUCACCACUAGAUGCAGCUAAAUCACUAGUCCUUUACCAUAUCUAGAGUUGUGAAACUAUGCUGCAUUUUAUUGACCUUAAAAUUAGCCUUUUAUACCUACAGAGGGAGCAGGUCCUCUUCCAAGUUACACUUGGACCACCAUACACCGUAGGGCUGAGAUGGAUCAGUUGGUUGUAAUCUGCAAACUCACCACUAGGUGCUGACAAAUUCUACGCACUGGACCUUGAAUAACUUAUGGUAAAACAAAGUGCACAUUAGUACAAGAAGUCAUACAGUUGAUAAACUGACUCAGUAAUGUCAGCUACACAAUGAUGUCUGUACAGAGUGCUUAUGUUAGCUGACAUUAUAGGCACCGUAAAUUAUAGGUUAUAAGUUAUUUAUGCUUUUACACCUACAAGUUACAUAGUCUCACUUUAAAAUUCACCAAAACAGUGAAGUAGCCAGCCUGAAACCAAACUGUAGCAGAAAAAUCACUACACACUCACCUGAACCACUUGUUUGACAGGCAUCUGAGGAUCAAAUGGACAAUCUGAACACGUUUUACUGUUAUCACUCUUGCACAUGACCUAAAAUGUAUGCUUGACUGUUAGGUCAGUCAGCCACUCCUGCGCGUUUUCGUACGAUUGGACUCGCGUGUGAUUCUGUCCAUGAAAUAACUCAUUUGUGGUGCUACAGAGUGUGAGCUAACUUGAACACUUUAUUGUUUUCUUUGUGUGGAAAAUGCAAUAUUUUAGAUUUGUUUUCUCUCAGAGACCUAAAGCACCAUACGCUUGUAGAGAUGCUCUGUAUUUUAAAACACGUGUCGUGUCUUAUGCAUGAAGGUAAUACUGAAGGAGAGGUGGAUGUAGAAGAUAAGUGUUUGCAACUGCUGUUUUUUUACCUUCACCUAUUAAUCUUUUUCUUUUUUUAAACUGUGCAGCUUGAACUUGCUGUAUCAUAUUUUAUAUUUAUUCCUUACAGCGCCUCACUAAUUACAGCAUGUCCCGUUCAGCCUAAUGUUGUGUCCUGCUGUUUUCUUUUUGUAUUGAGUUACAGCCCCUCUGGUGAUUUCCCCUCAUAUAAUAUGUGCGGGCAUGCAGCCAGGCAAGUGAGGGCAAUAGUGACAUGUAGGAGAUAUCAAUACGGUAAUAAAGGUCCUCUAGUGAGGUCUUUGGGGGAUACACAGGCUUCAAUUGUUAUCUUGCCUCAGCAGCGGCGGUGUGGUUAAUUGGGAGGCAGCCUCACCGAGGACAUGGCGGGGGAAAUGGGAUGGUGUUGCUUUGUCUCCAACAGAUUCUGCCCUGUGUUUUCAGAGCAGGGGGCUGUUAAGGGAUCCUCAGAGGCGUGUCUGCAGACCGGCGCUCGGGGCUGUAAACACAGCUGAGUGCGCAGGGUUUUUCAGCGGUGGCACAAUGGGCCUCUCUGACAUUACAGUCAUGUUGCAAACCACUUGCCAGGCUUCAAGUCUCCACAUCUAUCAGCGUCAGGCGGCAUACAGACAGAGCCUGGCACAAACACCUCACUGCCGAACACCCCCACCUCAUAAUUGAAUCCGUGCUUGCGCCGUACUGUGCCCCGCGUGGCAGCUCGGCUCAUAAAAUGGCUACGGAGAAAAAACCCCAGAUGAUUUUCAGCAGGCAGAUAAAGCAGGGCGAAAUGUUUCCUGACGUAAAAUGAAGCAACAUGCAGUGUAAGUCAUGUGUCUCUGCAAUUUGGUUGCUAGAAUAUUGUACAAAGGUUUGUUACAAUACUGUAAUCUGUUUUCUGACAAUACCGUCAGAGCCGCCCCUUUGGUUUUUGUUGCUGCAAACAGAGUCACAUUUACUACUUGAAAUUCAUACUUAUUUUUGCAACAAUAGGUCCUUGAUUUCAGACAGAGGUGGACAAAAGCAGGGCAGAUCAUUUUUAGUCAGCCAAUGCCAGUUUGUUGGCUGAAAUUACCACUUUUGCUAGUAGACUGUAUAACCUGCAGCUAUCUUGCAUUUUUUUUUUAUGUUAGCCUCAGGAAUUGAUUUAGAAAAUCUCAUAAUUUCCAGUUAACGUGUUGAUGUUGUCAUCCAACUUAAGGCAAGAAAUCUCUAAAAAGGGUCUAUGAUGUGCACUUUAAGGGUAAUACUGUGCCACAAGACUGAGGCUAAAGUUACAUUUCCCAGUCAAAAAGUUAGCAACAGUAUGGUAUGAAUAGGCUUCUUUCAUAAGAUAAACUUUAGAGGGUAAAUUUGGUUUCAAACAUUCAAAAAUGCAGUAACUUUGUCAACUGAACUGAAGGAACAACAGCGUUGAUGCCAUGUCAGAAACCUGUAUGAACUUUGUCAAGAUGUCUGCUGAAAUAUGCAUGCUAACCAGCUAGCCCACGGCCCAUCCUGUCUCCUAAUAGUCCCUCCUCACAUAACCGUUUAGAUGAUCUAGUUAAAGAGCUCUGGUGUUGGCUUACUGUAACACUUCAUAGAACUGAGCCAUUGUGAACAUUAUUGGCCACAAAUGUGGGUUUCCUGCUUUGACAUGUCAAACAUGACUGCUGUUAAAAAGGGCCUAGACAACAAGACAUGAUAGCCUGUUAGCCCCCGUAGUUUCAGCUGGAAAAUAGUCGAGUCUUCUUAAAUAAAGAGGAAUAAAAUCACAAAAUGUUACGAAAGGAGACCUAUUUUUCUCACUUAACAGAAAAAUACAACUGUGCACCUUCUGAAUUCAAGGUUACCUCUUUUAUCAUCCGAAGAUGUAGAUUGUAAAGUAUUGGAAAACGUGCUAUACAAACUCGACAUAAACAAACUAAAACUCACCAAA